AUGUUAGAACUCAAAGAGUUCGCGGGGAAGGACGACGACGAGAAUCGCGCGCGGGCUUGGAUCGGCAAGGAGAAGUCAGCUUUCGUCCGAGAUCAGGCCCCAGACGACGAGAAAUGUUUGGUGCUUGGCGGCCUGUUCACUGGAUCGGCGCGCAACUGGUACCGACAACUUAGCCGGACAACGAGGAGCGACUGGAAGAAACUUCUGCGCGAAUUCCAAGUGCAGUUUUGUGGAUUCGGAGUAUCUGUCGCAAGACAGUACUACCAUGCGAGGAAGCGCGCUGACGAGACGCCGCUGGAGUACCUGCACCACCUGAAAGUCGCAGGACUGAGGGCGAAGCUGCGCGUGAAGAGCGGCCCGUCGGACAUUUGCCGCGAGCACGUGGAAUAUUUCAUCGAGACCCUGGACGACCGCGAUCUGGCCGGCCAGCUCGCGCUGCUGCGUAUCUCCGAUGCUGAUGCGUUGGAGGAAGUCUUACGGGCGAGGCAACGUGCGACGAACCGUCAGGGACGAGCACAAUUCGGAUCGAGCAAGUAUCGACAGAAGGCCGCUAGUUCCGACGCCACGAAGUCGGCUCCAACGCGUAAGGUGCAAGCUGUUAUGGCCACGAACCAGUCGGACAGCAACAGAGAGCCGCAACCCCAAGCGACUGCUCUGAAUGAGCCCGAUCGAACCGUGUCUGGCCAUGCUCCGCCACCGCGAGCCUCUGGCCCAGGUCAGAGAUCUCCUCAUGGACGCCCUCAAUUCCAGCGCUGA